GGAGAGUCUUCUUUCUUUUUUUUUUUGUUAUAUUAAUUAAUCCAUCAAUAAUUAGCUCUCAAUUCCAUUAUCUUUCUUUUUUUUCUUUCUCAAUCAUUCUCUUUCCUUCGAUCUCUAGGAAAGGAUAAAGGAAUUUAGGGUUUCAUAUCUUCAUAGAAAUUUCCCAUUUAGCCUGUCAUUAUCCUUGCACCAGUGAUCUGAUUUCUUAAUUAAGAUUUAAGGCAAUGAAGCCAGGAGUUUCUACAUUGAACCCUAAUGCAGCAUCAUACAUACCAUUGUCUAAAAGAGAAGCAGCUAAAAAUAUUGAAGUUCCUGGAGUGACCACCAAAGUUAGUCAGAGUGGCAAUGAAACUGUCUGGAAUGGGCCUGCAGAGCAUACUACACAGGGCAGGCAGCACAAACAAGCUUCUUCCACUCCUCAAACAUCUGCACUGAAAAGUCACUAUGCCCAUGGCUUCUAUGGUUCGUCAUCACAAAGUUUAUAUGACUUGACAGACAAGCAGAUGAUGGAUGAGGAAUUUGACAUGGAUUUGGAAUAUCUUCAGAUGACAUUUCCUGGCAUAUCUGAUGAGUCUCUUAAUGAUGUCUAUAUGGCAAACAAGGGCGACUUGGAGGCCACUAUUGAUAUGUUAAACCAACUUGAGUUUGACUCUUUCGAGUCUACUGAAAAUCUUCCUGACACCUUGGACAUUGGGGAUGUCUCUGAAUCUGGAUCUUCAGCUGAGUGUUCAUCUGUUAAACUAAAGAAUGUUGUGGGUGAAGCCAGCGCCUCUUCAUCCAGUUCCGCCCCCUCAGAGUCAGUCACUGUCACCUGAUAGACUUGGUGAUUGUUCAGUUCUUCUUCUUUGGUUUUCUUAAAUUUGUGGAUAACAAGUAUAUAAGUAGGAAAUAUUUCAUUUGAGAUGGGAGAGAUUUGCAUAUAUUGCUUGGAUAUGGUUGUAUAGUUCUGAGGUGCUUGUUCCCACUAUACCCUUUUACUUCUUCUGGGUUCUGUCUACUAUGGGUGAAAAGCCCCUUUGAGCGAUAACCAUGUAGGUUAUAAAUAUAAUUCUGAAAUGGAGGUGAUAUUUGGCUUCA